AAAUUCCCUGCUUUACGCAUGCGCGAGUCCAGACUUGUCCAGACUUGUCUGGUGCAUGCGCAAAAGUUUUCAGUUAGACGCUACUGUCCAGCAUAAUAGUUUGAUACGGAGUUUCCCUGGCUUUAUUCCUUUAAAGUCUGUUUUUCCUUUGUGUGGUAUUGCUGUGCGUUUAUAACUCCAAACCACAUUUUGUGCAUAUUCACACAAAUAAACAUUCAGACUUGACAUGUUCACUCUGGAGUAGCUGCAGUUCUUUCUAACCGGAGAAAUAGGCCAGCUGAGUUCCAACCACCCAACUGCGCACAGAAUAUCCCACAAAUUGGUCCUUCGAGCCGGAUCGGGACAUCAGCUGCGCUAUGGCUACAUCCAGAGAUUACUAUGAGGGAGAACAAGUACCAGAUCCUCGUCCAAGUCGUACCCGGCGGGUACCCACCUACUUGGAGGAUUAUGUGCUUGAUUAUCCACAUCUGAUGCAUGCUCAUCCAUCACCAGCAGAUGGCACUCAAGGAAUACCUAAUGUAAGCCAGGACCCAUAUAAGGGCUAUAUUACUCCUCCUCCCUUGGAGAGAGACUUUGAAGGUGGAAACCUGCACCACUUGGAGGCACGAUGGAGAGAUUUAAGCAGUGAGAUGAGAGAGCUUCAGAUCAGAAUGGACAGUGCUAGACAAGCAUCCUUCGCUUCUAGAUCUCCUGUUUAUGCACAUUAUAAGAGCAUUUCUCAGGCUGAACUCAAGAACAUGGGAUUACAACCUUCUAUGACUGUAGCAUCAUCUCCACACUAUGAGGAAACACUCUAUCAUGAGCCCCCUAUGCAGCAGCGCCCACAAUCAAGCAUGCAGCCAAGUAAUAUAGCUCGUGUAGCUUCUCUGCCAGGGCCGAAACCUCAAAGGCUGCUUUCUGAACUCCGACGGGCAGACUCAUGGCCUCCUACAGCUGCCCAGCCUGCCCAUCCUCAGAUACAGCAUCAGCCAAGCCUGAUACAGCCUGCGCCUUCUCGUGUGCAGCCCCAACGUCAGCCAGUUGCUGCACAAUCUGUUCCAGUCUCACUGCCGCCACAGUACCAGCAGACAGUGCCAGCUCCAGUUCAGCCUGUGCCAAUUCAACCAACAAUGCAUCUGCAUCACCCUUUUCAACCACCACCUCCUCCUCCUCGGCCUGGACCACAAUCACAACAUUAUCAUCCUACAAACAAUGUGACGCCUGGACUGAUGGAGAUGGUCAUUGCUUCUUCCUAUGGCAUACCAAAACCAAGGCUGGCAGUAUUUUCAUCAGGGAAGGAAAGUGAUUUCCUGAUGCUCAAGAAAGGGUUGGACAGCGUCCUUGGCCCACACAGACAUUUAACAGAGGACUAUAAGUAUCAAGUGCUUUUGGAUCACCUACAUCUGCCUGCUGCUUACCAGGUAGCUAAGAGGUAUGUCAACAGCCCAUAUCCUUACACCAGUGCCAUGCAGGCUCUUGAACAGAGAUACGGUCAACCAAGACAAUUAAUUCAGAGCGAGCUUAGAGCAAUCCUUAAUGCUCCAGCUAUUCGACCAGGUGAUGCACAGGGAUUUGAAGACUUUGCAGCAGCUGUUAACACACUUGUGGGCAUGUUGAACACAAUGGAAGGGCCAUCUAGAUAUGAGCUGCAGUGUGGUUCCCACGUUGACACUUUACUGACCAAACUUCCUGUCAGUUACAGAGACUCAUUCAUAGAAUACUGUCUCAACCAGCACAUCAUCAUGAGUGGCAGUUCUAGAACUUAUACAUUGUCAGAAUUUUCGGAGUGCCUGGAAAGGAAGUCCCAGGCCAUUCAGAUAUCUCGACGGGUAAAAGGGCCAGUGCAACCAGAAGCCUUUCGGCGAGAACAGAAAUUCCUUCCUCACUCUAAAGCCAAGUCAGCCACAAUUCUCACAGGCAGUGAACAACCUCAAUCCAUCAAUUUGCCCUCUAGCUCAUCCACAGGAUCUAAAAUGGCAGCUACAGCUAAAAAGCAGGAUCGCUUUAAGCCCUUUUGUCCCUUCUGCAACAACCAUGAACAUUACCUCAAUGCUUGUCCAGCUUUUUGCAGGUUGAACCACACUCAAAGGGGAAGCUGGGUGAAGGACCACAAUAAAUGCUGGAGGUGUGGACGAGGUCACAAACCAGACAGCUGUACUCUUAAGAGAGCGUGUUCUACAUGUGGGGGACUCCACUUGCCCGUUCUACAUGAAGUUGCAGUUGCUGUGGAGAAUCAGAGCAUACUAACAGUGAGCACAACCAAUUCUCAAGUUUACUUGGAUCAAACCUGUCACUCAGGCAGAGUCAUGCUGAAAGUAGUUCCAGUAAGACUUGCAGCGGCAAAAGGUUUCUGGACACUCAUGCAGUGCUGGACGACGGGUCUGAAAAAACAAUCAUACUACCUGCAGCAGCCAAACAUCUGCAUUUAG